CAGUAUUUCACUGGAAACCAUGAUCGCCACACUAUAAAAGUCAAUCAUCUAAUCUACCCAAUCAGAUGCCAGUAUCUGAGGCUUCAUCCUUACAACUGGCGCUCUCAUAUCUCAAUGAGAAUGGAGGUUUAUGGAUGCCAUAUUGACAAAUGCAAGCUACCAGUUGGUCUUGAAGAUUAUAGAAUUCAAGGUGGMCAGCUUUCUGCUUCUUCUUUCCAGGGCACAACCUAUCAUCCUUCCAGAGCUCGUCUCAAUGUCCUUUACGGAUGGACACCUAGAGGAAGCAAUAGGAAUCAAUGGCUACAGAUUGAAUUCAUCCAUGGCGUCCGCGUCAAGGGUGUGGCCACACAAGGAAGGUCCAAUAGUCACUACUGGGUUACUCAGUAUUAUUUGACAUACAGUUCAAAUGGUAUGAGUUUCAAACCUUACAAGUUUCCAUCAUCAACAAAGUAUUUCAGAGGGAACAGUAACAUGCAUAGCAUCGUCUACCAUGACAUCGAACGACCUUUCGUUGCUUCUUUCCUGAGGUUCCGUCCCACAAGAUGGCGAAGCUAUAUUAGCAUGCGCGUAGAAGUUUACGGCUGCUCCACUGUUGGUGCAUGCAACAAAGCAUUGGGUAUGUACAGCACUCGAAUAAAGGCAGCCCAAAUCACUGCUUCCACCUACUACAACAAUGCUUUGAAGCCCGAGUACGCGCGCCUCAACAGACGGUUAGGACAGGGUUCCUGGUCAGCAAGACACAAUAACCACAACCAGUUUCUUCAAGUAGAUUUUGGUACAGUCAAGAAAAUCGUCCAGAUAGCYACCCAAUCGCGGCACAAUGUCCACCAAUGGGUGACGUCUUUCUGGUUGUCUUACAGUAUUGAUAAGGCMCAUUGGGUUUUGUAUAAGUAUAAGAGUGGGCAAAGUGAGGGUGUUAAGACAUUCCAAGCCAACCGUGACAUAUAUUCCACUGUAUACAACCCAAUAAACCCAGGAAUCAAAGCUAGAUAUGUACAGAUUAAACCUCGUGGAUGGAGAUCACACAUCUCAAUGCGAGUUGAGUUCUAUGGAUGUGCUACGGACAAGUGCAUGYUGCCUCUUGGAAUGGAAGACAAGAGAAUCAACAUUGGUCACCUUAARUCAAGCACUAUGUAUAACCCAACAUACGCACCAUGGAGGGCUGGGCUCCACACCACUUAUGGUUGGUUGGCCAGGACACAAAACGCUAAUCAAUGGAUUCAGGUCGACCUUGAAACACCAACACAUUUAAGGGGUAUUGCUACUCAGGGAAGACAUAACGCGAACCAGUGGGUAAAGCAGUAUCGACUUUCUUAUGGAAACUCUCCUGGAAAAUUGACCAUGUACCGUGAAGGUGGAAGACCAAAGGUGUUCAUUGGUAACAACGAGAGACAGUUCCCUGUCUUCCAUCUGUUUAACAAGCGAUUCAAAGCUCAAUAUGUCCGUMUCCUUCCUCUUCGAUGGCAGAGCUACGUUACCAUGAGAUUUGAGUUGUAUGGUUGUCGACUAGGUGCCAUGUGUAACAAGGCCAUGAUAAAGAAGAUCCCAAACAGCAGGAUAACAGCCUCGUCGUCCUACAAUUCACGAUAUCUGCCAUAUCGAUCACGAUUUUCAACAAAAAAAGAUAACCGCGGGUUCGGAGCCUGGGUUCCACGUCACAUGAACCGUUACCAAUGGUUACUGUUUGACUUCGUCCGACCAUCAAAGAUUGUUCGUAUUUCAACUAAAGGUCGUCAGGACGUGGCUCACUGGGUUACACAAUAUUACAUGGAGUAUUCUUUGGAUGGUGUUCGUUACCUCGAGUAUCAGUACAGAUCCAGCAGAAAGUAUUUCAGUGGUAAUAACAACCAACAUACCGUAAAGUCUCACUACCUGUACCCACCAAUCAGAGCACGCUACGUCAAAAUCGUUCCCUGGAGCUGGCGAUCUUGGAUUGCAAUGAGAGUCGAGUUCUACGGAUGCAACACAAAUGCUUGUAACAUGCCACUUGGUCUUGAGAGCCACAUCAUUCCCUCUGGUAACUUCAGGGCCAGCUCAUCUUACAACUACAACUACGGUCCCGAUAGAGCUAGACUGAACCAGCGCAGUGGAAAUGGACGUAUUGGAGCUUGGUGUCCAAAACACAGGAACAGGAGAGAGUAUGUGUUCAAUGGUAACUACAACUACUGGACCACAGUUGCAAAUAGGUUUUCGCCACCAAUCAAAGCACGA